GUAUGGUGAUGUGAUACCAUAGGCUGAAAACAUAUUGAAUGUGAUCCUCGGACAAACCUGUCAUUGUCAAUUUUGAGUGAUGAAGAAAUGGCACGGUGGUUCUGUCAUAGUAUCUCUGUUCGUAAUCUUGAUGCUAAGAUACUUGAUACUGGAUAGCCCGCUUGCAGAAAGAUCUCUUCGGUAUGUCUUGCAACAAAAUAGCACCACACAGCUACACUGGCUAGAUGUUCCGAAUCCACCUGCUGUUCAUAAUCCGCAGAACUCCUCUCAAGUAAUAUCGACUGAACUGUUAGCUUCCAGCCUUUCCAUCACGAGAAAUCUAUCUGAUAAAGAAAUGCAGUCACUGCGUUCUUGGAAUCAUCUGAGGGACCUAGUAAGCAAUGCCCACAUCCUACCAGAUGGAUUGGAUGCAAUUAAGGAAGCUGGAGUUGCAUGGAGGACACUAAAUGCAGCUCUGGAACAUGAUGCUUCAGCUGUUUCAGUCAGUGACAGCACACAGUACAAGGACAAAGAGAAGCAAUGCCCGUAUUCUAUUCGAAGAAUGAAUGCUACAAGUUCAGGUAACAGAUUUGUUCUAAAAGUUCCCUGUGGGCUUAUUCAGGGCUCUUCGAUAACCAUUAUUGGUACUCCUGGUGGUCUUCUGGGUAACUUUAAGAUAGACUUGACUGGAGUUGCAGUCCCCGGUGAACCAGACCCUCCAAUUGUGCUUCAUUACAAUGUCCGCCUUUUUGGUGAUAAACUUACAGAAGAUCCUGUUAUUGUCCAAAAUACAUGGACUAUAGCUGAUGAUUGGGGUUCUGAAGACCGUUGUCCAUCUUCUGGUUCGGAUGCUAAGGACAAUGCAAAAGUGGAUGAUUUAGAAAAAUGUAGUAGCAUGGUGGGCAAUGAACAGAAACAAAUCCUGGCCUCAAAGUUAAAUUCCAAUUUUUCAAGAAUGCACCCUACCAGGAAAAAGAUUGGAGAACCUAAAAAAUAUUACCCAUUCAAACAAGGAUAUCUUGCUAUAGCAAUUCUUCGCGUUGGAGCAGAGGGUAUUCAUAUGACUGUAGACGGGAAACAUGUCACUUCCUUUGCAUUUCGAGAGGAUUUGGAGCCUGGGUUUGUUGGCGAGGUAAGAAUAGCAGGAGAUAUUAAAUUGCUGUCUCUGAUAGCAAGUGGCUUACCUACAACGGAGGACUUUGAGCAUGUCACUGACUUGGCAAUAUUGAAGGCUCCACCUGUCCCUAUGGAUAAAUUUGUUGAUCUAUUUAUUGGGAUAUUCUCUACGGCAAAUAAUUUUAAACGAAGGAUGGCGGUUCGCAGAACAUGGAUGCAAUAUGAUGCUGUCCGAUCAGGAAAAGUCGUAGUGCGGUUCUUUGUUGGCCUGCACAAAAAUGAGGUGGUGAAUGAGGAGCUCUGGAAUGAAGCGCGAACAUAUGGAGACAUUCAAUUGAUGCCGUUUGUUGAUUAUUACAGCUUGAUUCUUUGGAAGACCAUCGCCAUUUGCAUAUAUGGGACAAAUGUGCUUUCAGCCAAGUAUGUGAUGAAAACAGAUGAUGAUGCUUUUGUUCGUGUAGAUGAGAUACUUUCCUCCCUACAUCAAUUAAAUAUCAGCCAUGGACUGCUGUAUGGCCGUGUCAAUUCUGAUUCCCAGCCCCAUCGAGAUCCGUAUAGCAAGUGGUACAUUACUUCAGAGGAAUGGCCCGAGGAGAGCUAUCCCCCAUGGGCACAUGGCCCAGGAUACAUUGUAUCUCAGGAUAUAGCAAAAGAAGUUUACAGGAAACACAAGAGAGGGGAGCUUAAGAUGUUCAAGCUGGAGGAUGUGGCAAUGGGAAUAUGGAUUAAUGAGAUGAAGAAGGAAGGUUUGGACGUCAAGUACGAGAACGAUGGAAGGAUCUUGGUGGUAGGCUGUGAGGAUGGGUAUGUAGUUGCCCACUACCAGGAGCCAAGGCAGAUGAUGUGCCUCUGGGAUAAAAUCCAGAAAGGAAAGCGAGGAAUCUGUUGCAAUGAGUAUCAGUAAACAGUCUUCUGUAUUCUGAAGGCGGUUGUCUGCUGACACCUAUGAGGCCAUGACAUAUGUGUGAGACUAUCCUUCCAUGGAAGAGGAGUCAGAGAGCUUCUCGCAAAUUGCUUCUGAUCGCAGAACUGAUAGGCGACAAUUUUUGUGGAUACCUACCUAUUUCUGGAGUACAUUUAAGGCUAACUACCACAUAUUUUUUUUGUAGAUGUAGAAGGCCUCUUCUGUUUUGGCCAUAGAUAGGAAGGUGUGGCUUCUUGUAACAUAUCUUACUAGUAUGUAGGUUGACAUUCUCAGGAUAGACGGAGAGCCAGCGUUAUAUUCUUUUCCGGUGGAUGCAUUUUGCAUCUGAUGUAAAUCUUUUUGAGAACCUGAAUUUUGCAUGCUAAAGAAUGCCACUAUUUUAAAGAUCUUCA